AUGAGGAAAUUCCAAAUGUAUGAUCACUGUGUCGUGUCGGCCAUCACCGCAAGGUGUGGAAACGAGGUGUUGACAGUGACGGUGGAGAAGAUUCCUCCGCCAUACAAAUCCAAGAUUGUUGAAAGGUUAAACCUUUAUCUUUGCUCUUAUGAGAUGAAGGUUUUUUUCUUGAGUACCCGGUUGAGUUGUGGGUUCGAUAAUGGUGGUGGUAUUGAUUUCUUCACCAAAACAUGA